GAGAAAUAGACACAGAAUGCUAAGGGAGCACGUAGCAGGGGCAGGUAACCUAAUCUGGGGCAGGGGGAGAAGGGCGUUUUGGGAUAACUUUAUGAGGAUGUGACUCCAGAACUGAAUCCUGAAGGAUGAGCAGAAGGGAGGCAGCGAAGAAGAAGAAGGAAGGGCAUUCCAGGCAGAGGAAAUAGUUUAAGCAAAGGCCUGGAAGCAUGAAUCAGCUUAUUGCAUUUGCGAUAGACGGCUAAUAGGCUGCUCUAUGAUUCCUGGGCCCUACGUGGGAAAACUCGAAUGGCUGGAGGCUGGAAUCGCAUGGACACUACUUCACACACGUGGCUGGUGCCUGAGCUGCGAUGACUGGAAGGCUCAGCUGGCAAUGUCACCUGGAGGGCCUACAUGUGGCCUGACCAUGUGGCUUGGCUUCUCCCGGUAAAGUACCCGCACAGAGGAACUUCAUAAGCAUCAUGCAGAACAAAAGAAGCCAGACACAAGAGUACAGACUGUGUGAUUCCAUUUUUAUGGCGUUCCAGACCAGAUGGCUUGUUCUAGAGGAGGCCAUGUCUUGAGCAUCCCUGUGGAGAAGUCAACGUGGCAAGGAACUGAAUCCUCCUGCCAACAGCUGUGUGAGUGAGCUUGCUGUGAGCGGAUCCUUCAGCCCCAGUUAAAGCCUUCACGUGUCUACAGCCUUGGCUGACUUCUUGACUACAAACUCCUGUGAGACCUUGAAGCGGGCCACCCAGCUAAGCAGCCUCCUGAUUCCAGACUCUCAGAAACCGUGUGAGAUAAUAAACGUUUGUUGUUUUAAGCCAUUAUGUUUUAGGAGUUAUUUGUUUUGCAGCUAUAAAUGACAAGCACAAUAUUUCAAUAAACUAAACAUAUGGGGAAACAUCUUCUCUGUCCUCCUGGCCCAGAUGGCUUUCCCAGGGACCUUCCAGUGCUUUCUGUGACUCAAACUUCUGGGCUCAGUCUCUGAGAUGGGGAGAUAAGGGCCCUGGAGCCCUAUCUAGACAUCAGGAACUGGUGUCUGCAAAAUAGGCACAGCCUCGACCCGUGGAACCAGGUCUGCAACAGCUGCACGCAGCACCCAGGUCCACACCUGUUGCGUAGAGAGGACUCCAGAAAUCCUCCCUCCUCCCGCUGCCCCCCACCCAUCUGUACCUGCAGGAAUCCACUCGGGGCUCAGAGGCUCAUAACAGCCACUAUUUUUGGAACACUUUUGAUGAGCCGGGUAACAUGCAAAGUGCUCUGCGUGCAUCUUUUAAUUUACUCUGCCCACAAACCUCUGAAGAAGAUAUUACUCAACCUGUUUCACAGUGGAGAAAACUGAAACUCAGAAAACUGAAGCAAAUUGCCAGGGUCCUCGAGCUACUAGGACGUGGCAGCUACUUGAAGGAGGUGAGAGCGCACCAUAUCCAGAGCGAGCCACAUGGACAUCUGGAGGAAACACAUUCCAGGCAAAACACACGCUGAUGUGUUAGAGCAUUCCAGGCAGAGGGAGCAGCCUGUACAAAGAUUCUAAGGCCAGAGAGUCCUGGGUGUGUGAAGGAAACAGUCAGAGUGCUGGCAAAGGGAACAAAGGGAGAGCAUCGGUCUUUCUCAUCUGCCGAGAAUGCAUCCUCCUCCUUCAGGCGCUGGGCAGUCUGAGGAGCCGGGCACUGGGUCACUGCCCUUGGGAGUCCACAAACUCGCUGGGAAGUGUAACCAAACAAGAAGUGGACAGCCACAACAAGAAUCUCACGCUCUGGGUGACAAGAGCCAAAUGAGCGAGGAGUCCACAUAGAUGCAAGUGCUGUGAGUUCCAUGGUUCCUCCAGGCUCGGGAAGUCAUGGGAGGCUCAACAGGGGAGGUGACAUUAGACUGGACUUUGAUGGAUGAGCAGGAGUUUGCCAGAUAUAGAAGAAAUGCUUUGAGUCGAGGAUGUCAGAGAAUGCUUCUUGAAGAAGGAGACACUUUUCAUUUGAGAGCAGGGGCCUCGGCUCCGCAACUGCCACUCCUCCUCGGGGUGUUGCACAAGUUUCGAGGUCACCGGCGACCCCCCCUAGCAGCACGCCUGUCUCUGGCCCCCGCGAAGGAGGACGGGGCUUGUGUGUUGCAUACUUUCUAAGGCGGCAGCGGCGGCGGCAGCGGCGGCAGCAGCAGCAGCAGCAGCAGCUGCGGCUCCAUCCAGCCCAUCGGCUCCUCCUCCUCGGCAUGGCUGGCUACCUGAGUGAAACGGACUUCGUGAUGGUGGAGGAGGGCUUCAGCACUCGAGACCUGCUGGAGGAGCUCACUCUGGGGGCCUCACAGGCCACCACGGACGAGGUUGCUGCCUUCUUCGUGGCCGACCUGGGUGCCGUAGUGAGGAAGCACUUCUGCUUUCUGAAGUGCCUGCCGCGAGUCCGGCCCUUUUAUGCUGUCAAGUGCAACAGCAGCCUGGGCGUGCUGAAGGUCCUGGCCGAGCUGGGGCUGGGCUUCAGCUGUGCCAACAAGGCAGAGAUGGAGUUGGUCCAGCGUAUUGGCGUCCCUGCCAGUAAGAUCAUCUACGCCAACCCCUGUAAGCAAAUUGCACACAUCAAGUAUGCUGCCAAGCACGGGGUCCGGCUGCUGAGCUUUGACAACGAGAUAGAGCUGGCAAAGGUGGUAAAGAGCCACCCCAGUGCCAGGAUGGUUCUGUGCAUCGCCACCGAUGACUCCCACUCCCUGAGCCGUCUGAGCUUCAAGUUUGGAGCGUCUCUGAAAUCCUGCAGACACCUGCUUGAAAACGCCAAGAAGAGCCACGUGGAGGUGGUGGGUGUGAGUUUUCACAUUGGCAGUGACUGUCCUGACCCUCAGGCCUAUGCUCAGUCCAUCGCAGACGCCCGGCUUGUGUUUGAAAUAGGCGCCGAGCUGGGCCACAGGAUGCACAUCCUGGACCUUGGGGGCGGCUUCCCUGGAGUGGAGGGGACCAAAGUGAGAUUCGAAGAGAUCACUUCUGUGAUCAACUCAGCCUUGGACCUGUACUUCCCGGAGGACUGUGGCGUGGACAUCCUUGCCAAGCUGGGGCGCUACUACGUGACCUCGGCCUUCACCUUGGCCAUCAGCAUCAUCGCCAAGAGGGAGGUUCUUCUGGACCAGCCUAGCAGGGAGGAGGAAAACAGUUCCGCCCCCAAGACCAUCGUGUACCACCUCCACGAGGGCGUGUACGGAAUCUUCAACUCGGUCCUGUUUGACAACACCUGCCCGACCCCCAUCCUGCAGAAGAAACCAUCCACGGAGCAGCCCCUGUACAGCAGCAGCCUGUGGGGCCCGGCGGUCGAUGGCUGUGACUGUGUGGCUGAGGGCCUGUGGCUGCCGCAACUACACGUAGGGGACUGGCUGGUCUUUGAACACAUGGGCGCCUACACCGUGGGCAUGGGUUCCCGCCUCGGGGAGACCCAGACCUGCCGCGUCACCUAUGCCAUGUCCCGUUUGGCCUGGGAAGCACUUCGAGGGCAGCUGCUGCCUGCAGAACAGGACGAGGACGCCGAGGGUGUGUGCAAGCCUCUGUCCUGUGGCUGGGAGAUCACAGACACCUUGUGCGUGGGCCCUGUGUUCACCCCGGCGAGCAUCAUGUGAGCGGGCCCGUUCUCCCCCCGAGAACCCCAGCAGGGCCGCAGAGAUGCCUCUGGGAGAGGUGGGGAAGGCAGCGAGCAGGGGCACCCUCUGGCCAGGACUCUGGUGCCUGCUCUGCUGCCCCCCACACUCCACCUGUAGUGUUUCUGCCCUGUAAAUAGGACCAGUCUUACCUCGCUGUAGUUCAAGUAUGCAACAUAAAUCCUGUCCCUUCCAGCUGUGUCUGCCUCCUCUGCAGCGCAAAGGGCCUGGUCAGCCAGGUAUGGGGGUGUCCUUGGGGUCUCCCUUGGUCUCCUUCUCACCUUUGUAAAUAUGAAGCAAAUA